AUUGACAAUAAUUCCAAGAUUCCUUCUUAUUCAUUGCGCGUAAGCUUUUUCUUCGGUAGAACGGGAAUCGGAAAACCCAAAUCAAUUUGGUUUUUUUGCAGCUGUAAUUUCCAAAAAAGAAGAUGAUUGAGGUGGUGCUGAACGAUAGGCUUGGGAAGAAGGUGCGAGUGAAGUGCAACGACGAUGAUACAAUCGGCGAUCUGAAGAAGCUGGUCGCGGCUCAGACUGGAACCCGGGCCGACAAGAUCCGGAUCCAGAAGUGGUACAACAUCUACAAAGAUCACAUCACUCUUAAGGAUUACGAGAUCCAUGACGGCAUGGGCCUUGAGCUCUACUACAACUAAACCCUAGUUUACUCUUGCAAUGGAAGAACAUGUAGAUCUUGAUACAGACCAAUUCUUGUUUCUUUUAUGUUAAUGUAAAAUGACUCAUGAAAUAAGAGUAUGAUUGAUGAAGAACUACUUGUGAGAAUAUUGUGCAAAACCUGUUGGUCAUUGUUAGUUUCCGUCCUACACGACGUGUUCUGUUCUCCAGAUGGUUUGAGAUUUAAAUGCAUGGUAUUGUCUGUCCGUAUUGAACCUAUCAUAUUUCCUGUAUCGAGAAAUUAGUCGUUAUAACCUUA